UGGUUAAGCGAAGUUCACCUAGUUCAACGUACAACAUGAGUUGACGCGGAGGCAAGCAGACACCUGCCUUGGUUUUCUGUGCAGAGAAAUGUGAGGCAAUUCACUGUCUUUUUAAGUAACCUGUGAAUAGUGUCAGAAAUAAUUGCAGUGAACAUAGGGUUCGCCAUGUUUGCCCGGCUCCUCUUAUUUACAGCCUUGCUCGCUGUGUCUCUGGCUUACUUCCUAUCCCGCGAGACCUCGACAGAACAUGCUCCGUAUGUCCAAGGAAGAAACAAAACCGUGCUUUUCCUCACAAACAGCGAGCAUGGUCUAUCCAAUGUGCACAUUGCAACUGCAUCGGCGAUACUAGAGAACUACCCAGAUAUAGAAGUUUAUUUUGCUUCAUUUUCGUCUAUUGAGCAAAAGUUGGAACGAGUUUCCUCAUUCGCUAAGAUCAAAUCUCCUCAUGCGAGAGCCAUCGUUUUCCACGGUCUCACCGGUCUCACAUUUGUGCAGGCAAUCGCCAAAGAAGGUCGAAGCUUCAUCUCCCCUCCAGGAUGGAGAGGUAUUGCUACUUUGGCAGAGCACAUACAGCUUUGGAUAUCGCCAUGGACAUUUGAAGAUCAUGUAUACUUGUACAAAGAGCUUGGUAGCAUUAUUGAUGAGGUCGACCCAGCAGUUAUCGUGCUCGACAGUUGGUUCCGGCCAGCUAUAGAUGCCACGCGCAAGAGGAAUAGGCAGCAUGCCUUCAUCACGCCGAAUACUCUUGUAGAUCAUUUCUUAGGUAUCCAGCCGCUCUGGACUAGGUUAUGGAAAUACCCUGCCCCAUCGUCAGGCUUUCUCUCACCGAUUCCUCUGGUGAACAUCCCAGAAAAUAUAUACAUGAAUAUUCGUUAUAUCUACAGCGCAAUGUUUACGCCAGAUGCUUCAAAAAAGAAAGCUCGACUUCAAGAGAUUGGUCUAGGAGAACCUAUGAACUUGUUCGGAAUGAAUCGGCUAGGUGUUCCAUGGAUUACCCAAAACACACAAGGCGCCAUGAUCCCAGUUGAAAUUAUUCCGCCAAAUGUCACCUGUGCUGGGCCAAUCAUCCUAUCAGGGCCGCCAGCUCAUCAACAAGAUCCUGAAACUGCAACUUGGCUCAAGAAUGCCCCUACAGUUCUCAUUAAUCUCGGUAGUAAUCUUGCUUAUGACGAAAGUCGUGCUGAAGUCAUGGCGAUCGCCAUAGCGGCGUUACUAUCCUCUACUGAUUACCAGGUCUUGUGGAAAUUUAAUAAGCUGGGGGACUUCUCUGAUGAUUUCUUGGUGCACUUGAAGCCCUACCUCGACAACGAGCGACUAAAAAUGCCAAGUUGGCUUGUAGCAGACCCGUCUUCACUUCUCGAUACUGGGAACAUUGUUACUUCAGUGCAUCAUGGCGGUUCGAACUGCUAUCACGAAGCCCUCGCAGCCGGUGUUACGCAAGUUAUACUUCCUCUAUGGGCCGAUCUUUAUAACUACGCUGCUCUAGCUGAGACAAGUGGCAUUGGGGUUUGGGGUUGUAAGGAUUCAACGCCCAACUGGAUGAGUGAGUGCUUGUUGGAUGCUUUCAUGGAAGGAAUAGAUGGUUGCGGUGAGAGUCUCUUACAGCGACGAGCAAAAUGGCUGGGUGAUAGGAUUAAAGCAGGGAAGAAGGGGCGUGAUGUAGCAGCUGAUGAGAUUGCCAAACUGGCAUACGUGAAAUGAUCAGAGGGGUCUCAGUAGAGCUUCUGCAAGGCAAACAAAUCCAAGAAUGCUAGGUUCUGGU